AUGGUUUCCUCCCCUUAUCCCGAUGCACCGUUUUCGCGAGGACCGGACCACGUUACAUGGGUCCACCUAAAGGAGCUGCUCAAGGAUAAACACGUCCUUGCGCUCUUCAUCGUGUUGGCCAACGCUUGCCUUCGGGUGGGUCAUUGGCCACAUAUAUUUAAGGAGUCGCUAUUGGUUAUCGUCCCGAAGCCGAAUAAGCCCUCCUAUUCUGUGCUGAAGGCCUUCAGGCCGAUCGUACUCCUCAUCACUUUCGGUAAACUUAUCGAAAAGAUGAUUGCCAAUAGGAUACAGUUUGACGCCGUCAAGCAUGAUAUCUUUCAUCCCAACCAACUGGGCGGCAUUCGCCAGAGGUCAACUGAGGAUGCUGGAUUGAUUCUGACUCAUCUCAUGCGAGCGGGGUGGGUUAAGGGUCUCCAGACUAGCGCGCUGGCUUUUGACAUCGCGCAGUUUUUCCCUUCUAUCAACCAUGAGAUGUUCAUGGCCGUACUUCGCAAGCAAGGGUUCUCGCCGGACUUGGUGGAAUUCUUUGCCUCUUACCUUGUAGGUCGUUCCACAGUUUACUGUUGGAACACCUUCCAAUCCGACUCAUGGUCUGCGGACGUGGGUGUCAGGCAGGGCUCUGCUCUCUCGCCUGUUAUCUCUGGGCUGUUCAUUGCUCCGGUAAUGAAGCUCUUCUACAUCAAGGCGGCACCACUCAACAUGACGCUGCUUUCCUUUGUGGAUGAUGGGACCAUUCUGGCCCAAUCCAAACAGCUUGAUGAUAAUAAUGUGGGCCUGCGUAAGGCCUACAAAAUUAUCUACCUUCUCUUUGUUGCUUUCGCACUCGUUCUUGAACACGACAAGACCGAGUUGUUCCACUUUUCGUGUCGACGAGACGCCUAUAAUCCCUCGCUGGAUUUGGGGUACGCCCCGCAUACCGGCGCUACACCUUUGAAGCCCAAGACCUAUUGGAGGUACUUGGGUUUCUACUUUGACCGCGGGCUCACGUUUCAUGAGCACGUUCGCUACUACGCCACCAAGGCGUUUACCACCGUGCAGGCCAUGCGCAUGCUCGGGAACUCUACUAGAGGUCUCUCGCCUAAACAGCGCCGCCUCUUAUAUAGGUCGUGUGUGGUUCCCAUUGCCACAUAUGGCUAUCAUCUCUGGUAUUUCGACGGCGCCCGUAAUAAGGGCGCGAUGAACCAGUUAAAACGGAUGCAGCGAAAAGCUGCUCUAUGGAUCACGGGCGGUCUUGAGGCCCUCGCUGGCCUCAUCCCCGUCCAUCUCAUGCUGAAGAAGUUGGCGACGCGCGCAGUGUACCGCGUCGCCACCCUCUCAGACACUCACCCUCUUCGCUCCAUGUUGGGCGAGGGACUUCUCAAAAGGGCCGAACCUCAUGCCCGCUCGGUCGCUUUGAUGACCCCAGCUAUGAGGGGGAAAGUCAAGAGCACUGUCAUGGAGGUGGACGAGCGCGUCCACACCUUAACUGAGAGCUUCGAGCCUUUUGCGCCUGAAGCUCGCCCAGGCGAUCGGCGACCAUAUCUAGACGAGCUCAUCGCGAAAGCGAGGGCCGACCCAUUAACAGUACUGGCUGCAACUGACGGCUCUGUCCCUCAGUCCAACCAGUAUCAGGUGGCUUCGGCUGUCAUCAUCUACAGGGGACAUCGCGAGCUCGAAAGGACUCGUUAUGUCUCUGGCAGAGUUACCGCCCCUGAUGCGGAACUCAAUGCCAUUUCGUGUGCAGUGCGCCUUGCUGUCAAGCAGGCAAAUUGCCAACAUAUUAUGGUCUUUACUGACUCUAUGGGCGCAGCCCACAGAGCGGUGGACCCCGGCGUGCACGCUGGUCAGGCUUUUAGCCUAUCAGUCUGUCGCAUUCUUCAGGAAUGGUUUGCAGCGGAUGAUCUCCGCCGGAUCACCUUCAUCUACGUUCCAUCCGCGUUGCGGUGGGACAUUCACGGUGAGGCACACAAGUACGUCACCGAACUCAAAGUCAGGGUUGGGCGUUGCAAGACAGACAAUUCUAUAGACGCGCUAUGCUCUCAAGCUGCGCACUCAGUUCUGGAUUCGUGGAGUUCCACUUUCCAGGAUCCAACCUAUCGAGGCUCCGAAUUUUUAGAGCUUCGACAGCCGGAUGGGCGGCCGAUCCAGCCAUCGUACCUCAAUGGGGGACCUUGGCUUUCAACAUUCGGACACAGUAUUACUGAGUUCGCUCGCGUUUGCCGGUGUAUAACUGGCCAUGCGCCCAUUGGAGCAUACUACCGUCGCUUCAAGAUCAAUGAGCCUCACGGCUGCACUUGCGGGGCUGCUUUGCAGUCCCGUCAGCACAUCCUCUUUCGCUGUCACGAUAGAUAUUCAGUACACUAUCCCCGUUUUCUCGGGGAUAUUGCAUCGUUUAUGAAGUACAACCCCACGGCGUUUGGCUUCAACCGGGACCCUUCGGGUGUCGGAUAA